AGGGAGCCAUUCUGGAUUUGAAAAGCAUUCGACAACAGUAUUUAAAAAGCUGGUUUAUACCUGAUGUGGUGGCAGCAUUCCCAGUUGGUUACAUACUACUUAUUGCGGACCUACAAUACCACAGUGACUCUCCCUCAUCCAGAGCCAGCAAAAUGAUGCGCAUCUUGAUGUUUGUGAGAAUCCUCAGUCUUGUUCGCCUGUUGCGUGUGUCAAGGCUUGUUAGGUUUUUCAAUGAGGUGGAGAGAGUUUCAAAUGCCAACUUGGAGGUGGUGAGGGUUUUCCUAAGAAUCUUGUCGCUAUUUAUGAUGAUCUUCCUGCUUUGCCACUGGAACGGCUGUAUUCAGUAUUUUGUGCCUAUGCUUGAGGAGUUUCCCUCAGACUGCUGGAUUAGAAGAGAGAAUCUAAUGAAUGCCACAGUGGGAGAGAAGUACUCUUUUGGAGUCUUUCGGGCCCUCUCUCAUAUGACUGCAAUAUCAUAUGGUUCCUCUGAAACACCCACAAGCAAGGAGUAUACUUUUGAUCAGCUGAUUUAGUUAAAUGUUCAUUUUAUACCCCAACAAUCACAAUGCACAACUGAUACUUCUUUUAAUACCUGAUUAUUGUUUUUUUUUUUUUUAGAUGAGGUUGAGCUUUGGAUUGUCAUGACUAGCAUUGUGUCUGGAGCCAUCAUGUACACGGUGAUGGUCGCCAACACUGCUGCAAUGAUGACUGAUGUGGACAUAACAGCAAGAGCAUACAAGAACAAGAUGAAUCAUAUGGAAGAUUAUAUGACUUUCAUGAAGCUUCCCAAAGCCCUUCGUGUGCGCAUCAACAACUUCUUUCAGGCUCGUUACGCAGGAAAAUGGUAUGAUGAGAAGGAUGUGCUGAAGUGGGUGUCUUCAUCUCUCAGAGAGGAAAUUCUGAUGUCCAUGUGCUCAGCCCAUGUGAGAAAAGUCCCCUUUUUCCGGAACUGUGAUGUAAACUUCAUCAAUGCCAUUCUUCUGGAGCUGCAGUAUGAGGUCUACCAGGAGGGUGACAUCAUCAUCCGCCAGAACAUUCCUGGUGACCGCAUGUUCUUCAUCGAGCACGGGCAGGUCCUUGAGGAGAAUGAGUUUUUCCAGAGGGAAAUAUGUGAUGGAGACUGCUUUGGAGAGUCAUGUCUCCUAACAAAAGGAAGGUGUUUGGCCACAGUACAAGCUUUGACUAUCUGUCAGCUUUUUUCCUUGUCGGUGGACUCUUUUCAUUCUGUUCUGAAGGACUAUCCAGACAUCAGGGGGGACCUGGAGACAUUUCAACAGGAUAAAGACAUUUUGUUAUGUUGAGAAAAUAUCCAGAUGUGGUUUUGGAAUAUUCUGUUCCAGUUGGUGGAUGUGAGCUGAAGUAUUCCCUUGUUCUUCAGUGUACAACAAGCUGAAGGAAAAUGGACUUUGUAUAGCAAAAAAGAUAUGACUUGGCAACCGCAUUGGAAUGGGAUUCCUUUAAGAAUACUGAUAGGAUGUUUUUAGACUGAUUUGUAGGCCACCUUCUCCAGCUUCUCUACUCCCGCCCUUUUCAAGUGCCCACAGAAGGAUAAGCAUAACCCGUGCUCUUACGUCACAUAACCAUGCCUCUUUACGUUGUCCCCUGUCUUCAUCUGAAGUAUACAGAACAGCACACACUGGUGGCCUCCAUUUUCCAGGAGAGGUCAUUAAUUUUAUCUGACCAGGUCCUCAUUGUACUGUAGGUUUCUAUCAGAGAAGCUUUGUUUAAAACAGACAACAUUUUUAAUGUUUUGACAAAUAUGUUUGUGUUUUUCAAAUAAUGUGCUGAGUUCAAUUUUAUGUUAAAUAUGUCCCACAAAAGUCAGCAGAUUAUUUUCAGAAAUCAGCACAAACAGUGAACAAAUUAUGUUGGGGCCCAGAAAAAACUUACCAUAAUUUACAUUUUAAAUAUUGUAUUUUGGGGGAAAGGGUAAAAUUUGCUAUUUCAUAAAAUGACCCAAAGGUUGUAGAGAUAAUUGUAGUUCAUAGGUCAAACGUUUAUAAAAGUCACAUUUUAAAAAGAUGUUAAUAAAAUAUUCCUGAAUAAACA